AUGUCAGCCAGCACCCUGGCAAGAAGCAUCAUCUUUGCUUCACAGACGGGAGUGGGAAUUCUGGGUAACAUUUUGCUCCUUUCUUGUCACGUCUUCAUGUCACACACAGGACAAAGGUUAAAAGACAUUGAUUUGAUUCUCAACAACCUAACUUUAGCCAACUGUUUGGUUCUCCUUUCUAAAGGAAUUCCUCAAACAAUGUUAUCUUUGGGAAUGACAAUUUUUCUAGGUGAUUGGGGGUGCAAACUAGUUUUCUAUCUGCACAGAGUGGCCAGAGGAGUGUCUCUUGGGACUACCUGUAUCCUGAGCUGCUUCCAGGCCAUCAAGAUCAGCCCGGGCAGUGCUCAGUGGAUGAAGGUCAAGGCCACACAUGUCAGGUACACAAGAUUUUCCAUUACUUUCUGCUGGACCUUUCAUAUGUUGGUAAACAUUAUUGUUAUUAAUAAUAUUAAAGGCCCAAGAGAAAGUAACAAUCACACAAACAUAAAGAACUUUGGGUACUGUUCUGGUGCAAUUUUUGACAGAACUGUAUCUACAUUGUAUAUAUCACUUUUGUCAUCCAUUGAUGUGAUGUCUUUGGGGUGUAUGGUUUGUGCUAGUGGCUUCAUGAUGUUUAUAUUGUACAAACAUAAGCAGACUGUCCUAUACAUUCACAAGAAAACAGGUCCACCAAAAUUGUCUGCUGAGACUAAAGCCACCCAGAGCAUCAUCAUACUUGUGAGCACAUUUUUCUGUUUUUAUUUACUAUCUUUAUUCUUUACUGUUUACAUAGAUCAAUUUGAUAAACCCAGUCUCUGGCUGGUGGACACCAGCGCUCUUAUGGCUGCAAGCUUCCCUUGUCUUUGCCCCUUUGUGCUCAUCAGCAGAGACCCCCUUGUCUCCAGGAGGUGCUUUACCUGCUGUGUGAUGAUUAACUCUUUCUGGAAGGAAUUCAGAGCAACAUGA